AUUAAAAAUAAAUUUGUUUGAAUCUGAUUAAUAGAAUAAGAGGGAGGAAGCAGUAAUGAACUAAAUCACUUGCGUGUUGAAGUGUAUGAGUAAUUUGGGGGAUCGGAAGAAGCUGUAGUUAAUUUUUAUGCCAAUUAUUUUGGGGCAAUUCCCAAUUGAGGGUUUAAUUUUAUCAUCAAAUUAUGGCAACAACUAAGGUCUACGUUGUGUAUUACUCACUAUAUGGCCAUGUAGAGACUAUGGCACGAGAAAUACAACGCGGAGUCAAUUCAGUUGAGGGCGUCGAAGCAACACUUUGGCAGGUUCCGGAGACACUUCCUGAGAGGAUAUUGGAGAAGAUGAAGGCUCCUAAAAAGCCUGAUGAUGUGCCUGAGAUCACACCUGAGCAGCUCUUGGAAGCUGAUGGUUUCAUCUUUGGUUUCCCUUCUCGUUUUGGUGUGAUGGCUGCCCAAUUCAAAGCCUUUUUUGAUGCCUCGGAUGAGAUAUGGGCAACUCAAGCAUUAGCUGGUAAACCUGCUGGAAUCUUUUGGAGUACUGGUUUUCAUGGAGGUGGCCAAGAGCUUAGUGCACUAACAGCUGUAACUCAAUUGGCACAUCAUGGCAUGAUAUUUGUUCCUCUUGGAUAUACUUUUGGUAAAGGAAUGUUUGAGAUGGAUGAGGUAAAAGGUGGAUCUUCCUAUGGAGCUGGAACUUAUGCUGCAGACGGUUCUCGUCAGCCCACAGAACUAGAACUUCAACAAGCCUUUCAUCAGGGUAAAUAUGUUGCUGAAAUUACAAAGAAACUCAAGUAAUUGAUGACAGAACAAAAGAGCACAAAGAGAAAGUUAAAAUACAAUCAAGACGUAUUUGAGCAAUCUAUCACUGAAAUGGGAAGUCCGACUCUGUCUACAAAUGUACAUCAAUUGUAUAAGCCUUUUUACUCUGUAAAGAAAAUGAAAAAUGUAACAUUAUUGCUCGUCUUCCUUUGCUUAUAUUAUAUUUGCCUUAAUUGAAUAGAUAGCUGAGUUGGUUGAGCUUUGAAA